AUGUUGAAAGCAUUAUUUCAUCUUGUCGGUGCUAUACAAUUUUUUUAUGGUUGCUACUAUGAUUAUUCUUACGUUAGAAUACCAAGUACCGCAACCUCCGUGACUCCGUUUGGGGGAAAGUUCAAAUACUUGACUUAUUUAAAUGCGAUGCUACAAACUGUGUAUUUCACUGUGGCUCUAAUGAAUGAUGUGUUUGGUUCUAAUGAGUCCACUUCAUCGAAUAAACCACUAAUAAGACGAUGCAAGGAUAUACUUUUUAGUGCACUAGCAUUUCCACUAUCAUUGUUUGUAGGUAUAACAUUUUGGGGCAUAUAUGCAGUUGACAGAGAACUUAUUUUGCCUAAAAUGAUGGAUGAGUUUUUUCCAACAUGGUUAAACCAUGUUAUGCACUCUAAUAUUGUUAUAUUCACUGUUAUAGAACUAGCUACCUCAUUUAGAAUGUAUCCACGUAGAAAGGUAGGCCUAUCAAUUUUAACUACUUUUAUGCUAUUUUAUGUAAUAUGGAUUCAUGUUAUUUACUUUAAGACAGGUAGUUGGGUUUAUCCUAUUCUUUCCGUUCUCAAUUGGCCAAUUAGAAUAUUCUUCUAUUUGUUCAGUCUCAGCUUAGUAUUUGGUCUCUACAUAUUAGGUGAGUCACUGAACAAGUCUAUUUGGGCUAAGGAGGUUGAAUCUACAGUAAAAUCAGGAAAGAAGAAGGCUAAGUAAUUUUAAACUACAUUUUACUAAAAUAUAUUAACUAUAA